ACCGGAGUUAAAAACAUGUAAAAUUACGGAUUUCAAUGGAAACCCCGUGCAGUUCGGAAUGAUAAUACUAAGGCUCCCCGUGCACAGAAUUUUAAUUCAAAUGCAUAACAAGAGUUUAAUAUUUCUCGACAUUUCAAGAUUUGCUCUCCAACACACAGUUAUUUUUGCGGACAAGAGGAAAGAAAAAUUGAGCGGGAGAAAAGGAAGAUAUUUGCUUAAUAUCGGUGAAUUACCACAAUACCGCCAACGACCGUCAACGUACAAUUCUAUGCGGACGAUAUCCCCUGCUGAUGCUCCCAAAAUUAAACUAAUCCGGAUUAUUGCAACGGAUGUACAUGUCUUUCUUCCCGCAAAUUGAUAUACUUUGCACUGCUAGCAUCAACCACUGGCACAGUUUUUCGAGAGGAGAGCGAAUAUCUUAAGGGGCACGUUUCACUACCAGAAUCAUCCAGCUUUCUGGAAGCGGGGACUAUAUCGCCAACCACGGUUCAUUUCAACGCAAUGCUGCUUAUCUGCUCCUGCUGCGGCGUGUUGUGCAGUCUCCUUCUUUUGUACGGCUUGUACAAGGAUCGCAAGAUGUUGCUACUUCCAUGGAUUGUCGUAAUCAUCAUGUGUGGCAUCAUUGAUAUAGCACAUUCGCUAUAUUUGUUCAUCGUCACACCCGAGUUUAUUCCGGCAAGAGUUAUGCUCUACACGUUAAAUUUCUUUCUACUUUGUUUAAAUAUAUAUUCGCUUUUAUGUGUCAUCUCGCAGUAUCAAGAGUACUUAGCUGGUCGCGGCACUGCUGCCCAUGACUACGAAUAUAGGGUCAGUAUUCCGAAAAUUUCGCAGAGGAAAGAACAGUGGGAUAAGGGACGAAAAGUUCCAGUGGUGCGAUACGUAACUCAACCACCGACUACGACCGCCACCACGUCGUGUUUAAGUUCGCGAAAAGGUGUCACCAACAAUGAAACAAAAGCUACACCGACUCAGAGUCCUACGGGUUGUCACAAUCCUCUGUUAUCGGAGAAAAGUCCCACUGGGAGUCGGCUAUCAAGGAAGCAUGUUCAAUUUCCAGAUACAUCGACAUCGUCAAAUCAGAUACAAGAGGUACAAGUAACAAUGGUCCAAACGAAAUGUUCGCCGAAAACUGAUCGUAAUAAUGCAAAGAUUUGGUUACAACCUAACGAUGCUAUAACGAUCGUGGUUAGCCAGUCCUCACCGUCGAGCGAAGAAGAGCAUUACUCAUAAAGUAUGAACAUACUCGACACACACAAUGCAAUUGUUAACAGUUCAAAUGUAUACAUAUAUGUGAUUUCUAUACACAUUUUCGUGGAAGAUGUGUGUUAUCAGUGUGUAAAUACAUCGAUGGUUUUUAUUUAAUAAAAGGGAAGUCUUAUAAGCGUCA